AUGGCAAAAACUAAGGGUUCUUCCAAGAAGCAGCAAAAACGCGGUAUCGACUUCAAAAAAAUAAAGCGAAAGAUCGGCAGGAAAUUGCCACCUCCUAAGAAUACGACUAACACAGAAAUUAAAUCUAAAGCAAUUGUCCUUCCGGAGCAGAGUGUUGCAUCUGAGAAAGCAGGUUUAGCUGUGAGCAAGAAAGGCUUGACUUUGAAAGAGCUUCUUCAACAUACAUCGCAUCACAAUGCGAAAGUCCGUAAAGUCUCUUUUUCCAUCCCUUCUAAAGAUGCGUUGAUGGGUAUGAAGGAUUUAUUCCUCAAGUAUCCAGAAGAGCUUAAAUUGCACAGAUAUGCUGUUAUCGAAAAACUACGUGAACGGAUAAGCGAUGAUGAUAAAACGGUUCGAGACAACCUAUAUCAACUUCUUAAGUCAGUGAUUUUACCAGGCUGCAAAGAGGAUAAUCAAGGACCUGUCAUUUCUUUAAUGAUGGCUUAUAUUUUUAAUGCAAUGACACAUUUAGCAAUUGAUGUUCGGCUCAUGGCAUUCAAAUUUUUUGAUCUUGUUGUUCAAUAUCAUCCACCUUCAUUUUUCUCGUAUGCUGAAAAGAUGCUUCAAAAUUAUGAAGAUAUUCUAAGGAAGAACCAGUUCUAUUUGGAAGACAAAAACAAGCUGAAGAAUGCUCUUGCUGGUUUGGUGCGAUGCUUGUUGCUGUUGCCAUCUAGUAAAGAAGUUAACCUGCCUGAGAAGAAUCUUCCUGAGCGAAAAAUAUUGCAUGCUUUUGAGCCCGAUGUGCCUACAGUAUUUGCAGAAUAUUCUGUCAUCAUCAAGAAGCUGAAAGACCUUGUACCAGUUUUAGUCAAUUGCUUCCAGGAUUUUCUCCCUAUGCUUCAUGGUUCAUUAGAUGCACAAUCAUUUGAUUGUAUGCUUAACAUACUUCGGAGCAUAGACCUUGCUGUCUCCUUCUUUAUCCAUGGGAUUCAAGAAGGUCAUCCCAAAUUACAACCUCUUGAUCAAUGUGUCUCAUCACUACUGUUGAAGAAGUUACUAGUUGUGUUUCCCCUCAGUCCAAUGCAUCACCUUUCAGAAAAGGAUGAUGACAGAUAUGUUAUCUUGAACAUUGCAAUGACAGAAAUAUUUAUGCACUUAAGUGAAUGGAUCUGCCAACCUGCUGACUUAUUAGAGAAGUUUCUAGCAUUUGUAGAAUAUGUGUUGCUUGAAAAGAGCUGCAGUAAUAUGCGGUCUGGCAAAGCAGUUCGAGAAAAGCAGAUAACUUCACUGAUUCCAUUUAUCCCAAGACUCGUGUCACGGGUGAUUGGAAAUUGGAAGCCUCGCCUUCUUCAGGCAUUUACAAAGGCAUUCCAGGAUUGCAGUCCAGAGUCAUCAGUAAAAUUGGCUUGCCUUGCUGCAAUUGAAGAAAUGAUCAUUUCUAGAGAAGAUCUGCCAUGUGCAGAUGUUAGUGAUUCGGAACUAUUUGAUUAUCAGAUUACUUGGAUAAGAGAGUUGCCUAUAUUGCUUGUUCUGUUAGGUGACAGGCACUCACCCUCGUCCAAGGCAGCUCAGGUAGUGUUGCAUCUUCUACUUCGUCUGGGGCAACACUCAUUGUUGUAUGACGAAAUGCAAGGCUUACUGAAAGAGUUCUACAGCACAGAUCAAGAUGGCGGGAGCAUAUGCUAUGGUCCUUUCUUAAGGCUUGCGAGGGAUUCUCAAGAACUCUCUUCAUCAAAACCACCUCUGGACAAUGCUUGUGCUAUGCUCAGAAUGCUUAUUGCACUGGACUCUAAGCCCACAAGACUUUCCAAACAAAGUAUUUUCUCUUUAAGCAAUGUCCUUUCAGCAUAUCUCGUUGAUGUUGCACACGGUCCUUUAUAUGGUGCAGCAGUAUGUAUCUUGAGUCUUGGCCUUAGCGACCUAGAUCUUUGUGAAGUCAAUGGUAUUGGAUUUAGUUUCCUUUAUACCUUUUGUUUUACGAACUGGGAUGCUUUUGAACCUCUAUUGGUUUGUUCACAGCAUAGAUCUUUGUUCAGUUAUGCUCCUAUUCAUGUAUAUGAUGGCCUUAAAUUUGCCAAUGAGGAGGAUGGAGCAUUUAUUGGCCGAGGCAUCCAAGAUGACGAUGAUGAUGAGAGCAUGGGCUCCAUUCGUGAGCAAAAACGGCGUUAUUAUCUUCUGCCUAGCUUUUUCCUGUUUGAUAGAAAUUACAAACUUCUCAAUCUUGUGUUGAAUGUGUUGGGGUCAUCAAUUAAUGGAAGUAGUUCAUCACUUCUAUCUGGCGAUCAUUUCCGUUAUGCCGUGGGGAACUCAAGUAGGAUAAAUGCUAUUGUUUCUGUCCUACUAUGGAUGCAAAGGGAUGCUAAGGUUCAGCAAAUUCUUUAUUUAUGUAAGGAAGAGAUUGACCAUAUUUCACAAAGCAUUUGCGCUUUACAGGUUGAUCACGAAGGACAAGAACUGUUCAUAUUGUGGGAUGGGGAGGGAAAGGGAGAGAUUGAAGAAAAGGCGAACAGUUUUGAUGGUCAAUGUGGUUGUCUUGGUGGCUGGGAAUGUGGAAAAGACACUGGCUUUGCUCAAAAGCUAAUGAAGGCAGCAUCUAUAGUCCAAAGCUUCCAGUCCCCCUUUUCUUCUUCGCCGACAAAAUCCAUCCGAGAAGAUCCACCUCCUGUUUUGGACGAUGAAUUGGCUAUUUGGCAGAAUUCUCCGCACCAAUUUGUCAAUACUUACACACGUCGAGCCGCCCCAAAAUCAAAUCACGGGGACCAAAGAAGGGAAGCAAAUAAAGGACAAGAAAGUGAAAUGUUGCCAAAAUCCUUACCAAAAGAUGUGUUUUUUAAACCAGAAACUUUGACUUGUGGGAAAGCGCUUAACAAGAAGAGAAACUAUGCACAGUUUCAUUUAGACUUGGGUCAAUCUGAUUUCAAUCUCCGUACAUGUUCUACAUGUGGGAGUAAAUACGCCCCAGGAGAUGAAGGUGAUGAGAAGGAACACAAAAUAUUUCACAAGAAUUACACUAAUGGAAUUCAAUUCAAGGUUUUGAAAAGCGAAAGGGUUGUGCAUAUGCCUUGUAGUGAAGCUGGUCGUAUUGUUUUGGUGUUGGAUUCUGAUCCUCCUGCACUGAGAAAUAAGGUACAGGAGGUUAUAAAGAUGAUGGAAAUUGAGCUUGGAGGGGGUGGAUUUUUCAUAAGCUUUGUGUAUCUAUUUGUUUCUUCUCAGAGAGUAGCUGGUUGUUUAGUCGCCGAACCAAUAAAAGAAGCAUUCAAAGUCCUUACAUGUUUGGUGGAUGAAAGAUCUAAUGGUGCUACUAGAAAGGGUUCAAGAUCAAACUCCACAACUCUCCGAUUUGGUGAAGUCAUCUUACGAAGGGAAGCCAUGAAAAAAGUUGCUGUAGUUGAUUCUAUUGAUGUAUUGGAUGGGAACCACAAUGGAGCUAUUGUCUGCGAAGAGGAAGCUGUACCUGCCAUAUGCGGCAUUAGGGCAAUCUGGGUUACUCCCUCUAACAGAAGAAAACGCAUUGCAAGCCAAUUACUGGAUGCUGCGAGGAGUUUUGAGUUUCCCUACGGAGUUGAUGUGUUCUCUCUUCUCAUUUUCGGCAUCCCUGUUCAACAGGCAGACUUGAGAAGUUUUUGCAUGGGUUUUGUUCUCGAACAAUCUCAAUUGGCAUUCUCUCCACCAACCAUGUCAGGAAAGGCAUUGGCAUCCAGUUAUGCUGGCACUACAUCAUUCUUGGCAUACAAACCCAAAAAUGCGAGCAGUUGA